AUGCCUUUCCAAGAACUCACCAGAGAGUUUUCUCACUUUGGCCUGCGUGCUUCUUUCCGUAGAUGUCUGGGAAGAUACAACACGUUGGCUUUGAGUAGGCCCCUCAUCCUCACUAAGACACUGGCUGUCUCAGAUAGAGAACUGAAUGUGUUGGAGUCAGUGAAGCAGAAAGGCACACAGUGUUCCAAGAGUAACUCCAGUCUUCCCAGUAUGCCGAGCGACGGGGCCAGCGGGGUGGGUCGGGUGGCCAGCUGGGCUGUCAGCUUUGAGAGGCUGCUAGAAGAUCCACUGGGAGUGCAUUAUUUCACCGAGUUUUUGAAGUCCGAGGUCAGUGUGGAGAACAUUCUUUUCUGGCAGGCGUGUGAGAAUUUCCGCAAGAUACCAGCCAGUAAUACUGAAAAGCUAAGCAAGGAGGCUCUCUCAAUCUACAGCAGUUACCUGUCCAAAUGUGCAUGCAGUCCAAUCAAUAUUGACGACAAGGUCCGAGUCGAUGAAAAGGAUAUACAGCAGCCUAAUCCUGAUAUCUUUCAAAAAGCUCAGCAACAGAUCUUUAAGCUGAUGAAGUUUGACAGCUACACUCGCUUCGUCCGCUCACAGCUCUAUCAGAAAUGCAUGCUGGCUAACGUGGAGGGCAGAUCCCUGCCAGAGCUCAGCUUUAAACUUCCCCUGACCGCUAGACACAGCAGCCCUGCAACCAGAGAGCAGCAGAAAAUGAAAGAGAAGGCAAAGGUCAAAUUAAGCAAGACUGUAGGAGGAGAGACAGAUGAUGUGAUAGAGAGGAGAAAAAUCACUCUGCAAGGGAAAAUGAGCUGGGAGAGGCGUAAAGAGAAGAGAGAAUCCUGGGGAGAAUCACAAAUGACUGGGAGACCUGGAUCUUUUCACGGUGCAGAGAUGGAAGGGUUAGUUGCUCGUUCAGCUGACUCUGCAAGUGAAUUAAAGACCACGGCUGAUAAGUACUGCUGUGUGUUUUUGCCUGAUGGCACGGCCUCACUGACCCCUGCCCGACCUGGUAUCACUAUUCGCCGCAUGCUCACAGGCCUCUGUGAGAAAAGAGGGCUUCCUCUGUCUGACAUCAUCAUCUACCUCCAGGGGAAAGAUAAGCAACCACUUUCUCUCGACCAAGAUAGCUCGGUGUUAAAGGACCAGCAGGUUCUUCUGGAGCUACGGGUCACGUUUGCUCUGGAGGUAGUGUUCACAGGUAAGACUAUGGCUAUGGUGGUGAAAUCCAACAAGACCCUCCAGGAGGCAUUGGCUUCACUUCUCCAAAAACACCGUCUCCGGCCCCAGGAUGUCUUUGUCACCAUGAAAGAAAGCCAAGAGCCGAUAAACAUGACCACAAUCGUCACCAGCCUGGCCAACAAGACACUAACCCUGGACAAAGUAAAAGGUAUGGACCAGGGUCUUGGCGCCAAGACAACUCCAAUUCCAGCUUUACAGGCACGCCGAGGUGCUGUGGAUAUUGAUGUGAGUGCUGCAAGUUUUUAUCGAUCAAAUCCCAAACAGAAAAACCCUGCGAUGAGAAGAGCCUAUGAUAUGGAAGGUCUGGUGGAGCUGUUGAACCGAGCUCAGUGCUGCAGUGCUGAUGACCAGCGUGGCCUCCUGAAAAAAGAGGACCUUAUCCUGCCUAAUUUCCUCCAGCUGCCUCUGGAGGAACAUGACGAGGCAGAAGAAGAAGAGGAACAGCAGGAGGAGCAAAUGGGCGAAGCUCCCCUGACAUUCGGGUCUACAGAGGAUCUAGCAGAACCCAAUUCAAACACGAAAGUAGACGUGGCAGAUUCUUCCACAUCAGGUUCUGCAGAGCCUGUAGACAGGAAGCUAGCUAAAGAGUGUUCGAAUCCAGCUCGGGAAACAGUGGUAUGAGAUGGAGCUCUGCCAUGAGAUUCAAGAUUCAAGAGAUGCUUAUUGUCAGCUGGUCCACAUAAUAUUCAGUGAGGUUGAAAUAACGUUGCUCUAAGACUUGUGGUGCAACCUGAAAGACAAAACAUAAGACAAAAGACAAACAUAAACCAGUGCAAGUCAAAAGGACAAACAGGCAGUGCAAAAUAAGCAAUGAGUAAUGCAGUGGUCAUGUCCAUUAUGCAAUGGAAAGUGUAAAGUGACUUUGUGCCAGUUUAAAGUGUUAGCGCAAUGUAAACCGAGCACUGAGGAACAAAAAGAGCAAUGUGUCAUAAAUUAUGCAACAGUAUGUCUCAAGGGACUACUUUAAAACUGGAUAAUGGAUGUGUUUCCAUUUUAAGAGUGCUUGCACUGAACAUGAAGGCUGCUUCGGUGAUGGAAGACACUCGGCUCAAAGACCUUUUUGGACUUAAUAAGGUUGGAGGAUGGAAUAAGAUGUUUACAGUUCUUGUGGAUCAGCACAGCGUUAAUAUGUUCAGUUAAAUGUAUUUAUUUGAAAAUGAUUGUCAAAUGUCAAAUAUAUACUGUAUUGAUUGA